AUGCGAUCUCUAUUAGGUAUUUAUAAUGAUGUGGGCUUUGGAAAGUAUUUGGGUUUGCCAGAACAUGUGGGAAGCAAGAAGAAGGGGAUGUUUGCAUAUGUUAUUGAUAAGGUGAAAUCAAUAACACAAAGUUGGAAAGAUAGACACCUCUCUCAUGGUGGUAAAGAAGUAUUGCUCAAAGCAAUUGCAGCUGCAAUGCCAAUAUAUUCUAUGAAUAUAUUUAGAUUAACAAAGGAGACCUGCUCGGAGAUUAAUGCGAUUUUGGCAAGGUUUUGGUGGAACUCGGGUGAGAAAAAGGGACUUCAUUGGUAUUCUUGGGACAGAGUCAGUGUACCAAAAAGAGAAGUAGGAUUGGGGUUUAAAGAUUUGGAAGUAUUUAAUCAAGCUCUGUUAAGUAAACAGGUCUGGAGGAUAAUGCAAUAUCCUAAUUGUCUUAUGGCUCGCAUGCUACGCGCCAGAUACUUCUCAGAUGGGGAUAUACUAAAGGCUACACUGAAGAAGAAAGCAUCUUAUGCUUGGAAGUCAAUCCUAUAUGGCCGUGACCUGAUCACUAAAGGACUACGGUAUAUAGUGGGCAAUGGUGACCUAGUUAACAUGUGGACUGAUCCAUGGAUACCUGAUCAUCCCAAGACCACCACGAGCUAG